AUGGCAACUCAACCACCAGUCCAGGCGAUUGUCUUCCAGUUGGGUCUACAGAAGUUCAAGGCCUCGCUUAGCGACAGAGAGAAGAGGGAAUUCAGCGUUACAACACUCCAAGACCUCAAAAUCGCGAUCGAGACCAUACAGCAGAAACAGAGAUCUGAGAGGAAACUUCGAGCGAUGAGCAAGCUUGGCAGAUUCUUGGAGGGCAUGCAAGAAUAUGACAAGAUCGUAGCAGUGUUCCUCAACACUAGCGAAAUUCUUGCCUUUGUCUGGGUGAGGACGCAUUCCCACGAUAUCUGA